CAUAAUUCAGCCUUCAGUCGGGCCAUAUCAUUUCCAUGCAAACGCUGGGGGGGCAAUCACUAACAAUCCCAUAACAUCGAAGGAGACCUUCUUCGAGGAGCUUCUGUUCCGCAAAAUUCAACAGUGUCAUCUUGAAGAGUCAGGUUCAGCAGCAGCAUGUGUUGUGGUGUAUGGGUGCAAGAGGUAAUUUAGUUUUAAGCGAUUUAUGGGCUUCAAUCAAGAAUUUCCUUGGACUGGCCAGUCCUGGGGACCUGAUCGAGAUCUUCCGUGGUGCGUAUAACCACUGGGCUGUUUAUGUUGGUGAUGGGUACGUCGUUCACUUCGUAACACCUGGGUUGGGUUCAGGCUCCAGCGGUGUCGGUGGCGGUGAUGUCGGCAUUGUGUUGAAGCAGAAGCUGCAGGACGUGGUGGGAAAGGACGACUGGAAAAUCAACAAUAUCUUGGAUGAUAAAUACUCUCCUCGUCCAGCUAAGGAUAUCCUGAGGAGUGCCGGCUCACUGGUGCGCACAAGCCUGCAGUACAGCCUGCUGCACUACAACUGUGAACACUUUGCCACUGAGAUGCGCUACGGCAGGCCUGAGAGUCAGCAGGCGCAGAAAGCAGCAGAGACAGCAAGAGGAGCCGCCCUGGUGGUCGGAGCUUUCGGAGUUGUGGGAGCUCUGCUACUACGUGCUAUGAGAGACUAAUUUAUUUAUUAAUCCAUAAGCAGGGGUGCACACAAGCCGGGACUCGAGGGCUAGUCUACUGCAUGUUUUAGAUGUUUCCCUGUCUUCAACACACCUGAUUCUAAUCACUAGUCGUCAUCAAUAGGUCAUCAAGGUUUACACAACUGUUGGUGACACAGCCUUCUCUAUCAGGGUUGUGUUGAGGCAGGAAACAUCUAAACGUGCAGUAGACUGGCCCUCGAGUCCCGGUUUGUGUGCACCCCUGUCCAUAAGAGUUAUUUUUAUAAAGUUUAAGAUGACCUAACUUCAGAAAUGAAGGUACCAGUUCUGAUUUAUUAGAAACAACUUAAUAACAAUUAAAAAAAAAAAAUAGGCUGUCAAUGAAAGCAAUCAACAUGUCACGUAGUGAACGGCCGUUAUGGCUGCUGCCAUAAAGCUCAGUGUAGAAUCCUAGAUUCCGCUAUGUACAUCAAACUAAUACAAAGUCAUGUAAUUUCUGUCAUAAAACCAGGUCCAGUUUUGCUUUAUAGUGCAAAGUGCUCCUAGUAAACGUGUUUCAAACCCAAACGUUAUAUUUACCUGAAUAAACAGGGAAAAACACGAGACAGAGUCAGUUUGAGUGUUUUUCGUUCGCUCUUCCUUGGUCAUCUGAAGGGAGGAUGUUACUGUACAUCGCACCUAUCUAAUCUAUCUCUGAAAGUGCAGGGGCGCCACCUGGUGGCGGAAUGUGGAAUAGGUGUAUUCCUAGGAUACUAAUCCCUGUUUAUUCUUAAUGCCCAUUAAAGGCUAAUCAAAGUGCAAGAAAAGUAUAUAAUGUAACAAAAAUGCGACUACACUUUUGUGUAUGUCACAUGAGCAAUUAAAAACUUGUGACGGGGCAUACAUUUAAUAAUAAUACUCAAAGCUAAAAGUAUAGACAACAAGAAAAAAUGUACUAAAAUCUGUAUGAAUAAGGGCAUUUAAAAAGGGAAGAAAAACAUUUACAAAGUUGCAGGAAUGUUUUGACCAAUGUGCAGAAUAUACAUAUGAAAAUGUGCAAAAAAAUGAUGAGCUUUUGUGCAAAGAGUCAGUUUUUACCCUUUUUUUUAAGUGCGUUUUGCGGAGGAAGUGUGGGAAGUCUGUUUGUUCAGUAGUCAGAUUGCAGAAAGGCUGUUAGUUUAGUCUGGUGGUUCGUGCAUGGAAGCUCUGACAGCGUCUACCGGGACGAGUCUCGGAGAAUCCUCAUCUAACCUCAAACAUGCUCUGAGGAGAGGGGGGUUCAGCCAGGGAUGUGCUCAGCUGUCUUCACCUCCUUUGGAGAUAUUUCCUGUAGCAGAGUCUCUCCAGGAGGCCCCAUGUAUAUCUGGGCAGCGGUCCUUCCGGUCGUCUUCCCACCGGAGUCUCUCAUCACCUCCUUUGUUUUACAGAUAUUGUGUGAGAGAGCAACAGCAAGCUAUUACGAGUAAUCGACAUAGCCGACAAACAUCGAUGCAUACGUUUAAUUGUCAAUUAUUAGCUGGACGUCAUCACACGUCCUUUUCAUGCUGUGGAUUGCAACUCACAACCCUUCUUACAGGAAUAAUGGCGUUCACAUUUCUUUUAAUGACAUCAGUCAAUAUAACAGCUUCAAAAAGUAAAAAGAAUAAAUAAAUAUAUAUAUAUAUAUAUAUAUAUAUAUAUAUAUGUUUAUUUUUAUGAUUCUGACAUGCUCUCUGUCCAGUGGCGAGUGCGUCACCUGUGAGUCCACGUGUCUUUGGGAGGUCGUAUAACUGGUGGAGCUUCCACAGGCCAUCCGGCUUGUCAACACACUGAGGAACAUUAUCGAACCCCUUGUCAACACAUCCGUUGAAGAAGAGUGGUGAUAGGUCGCAUAUAAGCUAUACACUAUAGCCAAUUUAUCAUAUAUUCUCUAUAGUUUUAUAUCAAUUUAUGAUCAGCAGUUUUCGACUGUUUUUAAGGAGAUAAAUGUCUCCAUCUGUUGGUGAAUUUAAUUCACAACAGUUUUAUCUCUUUUGAGGAAACGUUACGGAGAAAUACUGGUUGAAAUGAGGAACUGAUGCUUUUGCUGACGGAGGGAACUAAAGUUGAAAUAUCAGUUUAUUUGAUAUUGAAUUAUGUUUUCUUACGACUGUAGUCCGUGCAUAAUAAUAAUAAAAAGAAUAAUAAUAACAAAAUAAUGAUGAUAAAAAUACAAUAAAUAUAAUAAUGAUGAUAUUAAUAGAAAAUUGUAGCCAAACUUUUACAAACAGCACCCCAUACUACUGAGGGAUCUUGAUUUAACACCCACCUUCUUUAAAGAUAUUUAUAGCCUAAAGCAAAUUUCCCCUCUGGGGG